AACACAAUCACGUUCGUUAUACGCCGACCAUGCCGACCAAUCAGAACGUGCUCCGCAAACAUUGUUCGAAAUAAAAAAUAACAUACAGCUACGUCUACAAAAAGCGUUAACAAUUCUCGACAUUUUCGUAUGCUUUUUGUUAUCCAACUUAUAAUCAACCUUCAUUAUUCGGACUAAUGUUGUGAAAUACUCUUCCCCUGCUGUCGGAAAACUAGUAACAUAAUUCAACAAGGUCUCGUGAAAAGUGAGGUUAGAGAGGUGAAACCAGUAAAAUGUUAUUGUUGGCUUUGUCGUGAAUGUUUUUUACAAUUGGAAUGUUUUUCUGAGAUACUUGUUUAUUCAUUUUGUUGCAAUGGCACUAUUGAGGAGGUUCAGAGUCUGUGCUCAAAUUACCAGACUUUUUGCAACAGAAGUUCACAGUUUGCCUCUGGAUCCUGAUAAUUUUUUUAAAACUAGUGGAAGAACCCUGCCUAUGUCAGUAUUGAAACAGAAUAAUUUCAUCAUCAACAAACUAUUGGUUGAGAAGAAAGUGUUGGAGGAGAGUGACUUUUUAGCAGCUCGCGAAGAUCUUUUAGCAUCUAAAAACUUCUAUGUGACAGAAGCCAAUGUCGACAUGUUAUUGGUGAAGUUGUGUACCACCGAAAAGAGAGUGGACCUGGGAAUGGCUUAUCUUGAAUAUUUAUGGAAGGUGCGCUCUGAUAUGAACCUCGCAGCCAUGUCUUACUAUUUUAAAUUGUGUUACAUGCGAGAUAAAAUUGAAUUCAUGGAAAACGAGAUGGAAUAUAUUUUGAAAUUUUAUGAUGAGAUUAGAUUUAAAUAUCCAGUGUUGGAUGCGAGCACUGCUGAAUAUUGUAUCCUUGGCAUCUCAAAAACUCAUCGAUGGAAAGAAGCUCUCGAACUCUGUGAAAUGAUCAAAUUGUCUUGCAGUCCCAGGACUCAAUCUUUUUCGGCAAUUAUCUCAGCCGCUUUUAGAAAUAAUGAACCUGAAAUUGCCUGGACAUAUCUCGAGGAUGCUUUCAGUCGAAUACAUCCCGAACAUCACGUUUUCAUAGCUCAUACAGAAUAUUGCAAAAGAAACUUUAAAGGAGAAGAAUUGGAGAAAGAACUUGAGAAAAUGUUCUUGAUUUGGUCUAAAUACGACUAUCGACCUUUUGUGGAUAUCGUUCAGGCUUAUGAAGAAAUUUUUAAAACCCUAGGAUGGAUCAUCGAGCGAACUUCCAUCAGAAAUGUAGGAAUAUGUCGAAGCUGUGAUCACAAAUUGUCGAAAUGUAAGAUUUCGAAUGAAGAGUUUUCUAAAUUGGCGGAGCUCGUAUGGGAGCGCGUUAUAAUAAGCGGUGACAUUUAUAAAAAGUCAACACCGAAAGAAUUGAAUUAUUUUCUUCAAUUCGUUGAAAAAAAUAAGCCUUGGGAUAUUGUAAUCGAUGGUUUGAACGUAUCCUAUUUAUCCAAAGAGGUGCGAAAAUCUUCGGGGCACUUGGUAACAGCUGCCGUGAACUUAUGCGCUAAAGAAAUGAACAAAAAAGUGUUGCUUUUCGGAAGAAAUCAUAUGAAAAAAUGGGCAAAUAUGGAUUUGUCCUACAUACAACACCACGCCGACAUUUUUUUUACUACAAACAGAUCAGCCGACGAUCCAUAUUUGCUGUAUGCAACUUUGUGCUCCGGACCGUCAACAAUGUUCGUUUCGAGAGACUUGAUGAGACAGCAUGUGGCUCGCCUGGAAGAUCCUGACAUGGGAAGCAUUUUCAAAAAAUGGCAAAUGACACAUCAACUACGUCCGGUCGCUAUAACGUCGAAACAAGGAAAUGUCGACUUGAAGAUAGAAUAUCCUCCUAAGUAUUCACCGUUUAUCCAAAAUGACGAAAAUGGCUGGCACAUCCCAUUUACGUUCGAACCUUCUCUCAAACCUGCGGUCGAUUACGAACCACCUAAAUCAUGGUUCUGCUUUAGGAAAACAAUCAACACUGUGAAGUCAACAGAUUUAUCGUUGCCUUAGUAAUUGUUAAUAAAUAUUUUUUGAUCGUUGAA